GACAGUGCGGGGUUAUUUUGAUCAUCCAGUUGGAGAUCCCGCAGAACGCGGGCCAGAGACCCUCUCCCGGCUGACGCUGGAGAGACGCAACCGCAGGACCCGAUGGGGGGCGGAUACGUAACCACUCUUCUGCUGCUGGUCUGUAUUUCAGGCCUGAUCUACCUCCUCGUGCGCAGACCGAGGUCCCAGAGAAGCCACCUUCCCCCCGGCCCCACUCCCCUGCCUUUCCUGGGCAACGUGCUACAGCUGAAAGUGGAGGGGAUGCUGAAUUCGCUCAGGGAGCUCAGGGACAAGUAUGGCCCGGUCUUCACGGUUCAUCUGGGCCCCCGGCGGGUCGUGGUCCUGUGGGGGUACGAGGCCGUGAAGGAGGCCCUGGAGGAUCGAGCCGACGAGUUCAGCGGGAGAGGGAAGCUGGCGGCAUUUGAGGAGGUUGUUCAGGGGUUUGGGCUGCUUUUCUCCAAUGGGGAGCGGUGGUGGCAGCUGCGCCGGUUCUCUCUUGCCGCGCUGCAGGACUUGGGCACGGGGCAGCGGAGCGUGGAGAAGCAGAUCCAGGACGAGGCCCAGCGCCUGGUGGAGGAGUUCAAGAAAACCAAGGGUUUGCCCUUCGACCCCACCUUCUUCCUGAGCCGCUCGGCCUCCAGCGUCAUCUGCUCCAUCGUCUUCGGCCAGCGCUUCGAUUACGCGGACAAGAGCUUCCUUGACUUGCUGGUCAAGACCAACCAGGUCUUCGUGCGGCUGAGCUCCACCUGGGGACAGCUCUACGAGAGGUUUUCCUGGAUCAUGCGCUUCCUUCCAGGACCCCACAAACAGAUCUUCCAAGACCUGGAGGACAUCAACAGCUUCAUCUUGGAGAGGAUCAAAGCGAACCAGGUGUCUCUGGACCGUGAUAACCCGCGGGACUUCAUCGACUGCUUCCUCCUCCAGAUGGAAAAGGAAAUUCUGAACCCCGCCACGGAAUUCCACCUCAGAAACUUGGUCCUGACAGCGUUCAACCUGUUCUUCGUUGGCACCGAGACCGUCAGCUCCACCCUGCGCUACGGACUCCUGAUCCUGCUGAAACACCCGGAGGUAGAAGAGAAGAUGACCCAGGAGAUCGACCGGGUGAUCGGGCGUAGCCGCAUGCCGGCGGUGGAGGACCGGAGCCGGAUGCCCUACACCAAUGCCGUCAUCCACGAGAUUCAGAGGUUCAGCGACGUUAUUCCCAUGAACCUCCCGCAUGCCCUGACCCGGGACACCCACUUCAGGGGCUACACCAUUCCCAAGGGCACAGAGGUGUUCCCAGUGCUGAGCUCUGUGCUGCGAGACCCCAGCCGCUUCAGGGACCCCGAGAGAUUCAACCCCAUGCGCUUCCUUGACGAGCAGGGUCAAUUCAAGGCGAACGAGGCCUCCAUGCCGUUCUCCACAGGGAAGCGAAGCUGCGUGGGCCAGGAGCUGGCCAGAAUGGAGCUGUUCAUCUUCCUGACCGCCAUCCUGCAGAACUUCACCCUAAAGUGCCCCGUCCCCCCGCGGGACAUCGACCUCAGGCUGCGCGGUGCCGGCUUCGCCCACGUACCUCCCUGCUACCAGCUCUGUGCGGUGCCAUGGGGCGGAGGGAGCCGAGCGCAGGAGGAGCUGCCAAAAGAUCGUCCGCAGGGGACAGCAGGGGCUAUGAAAGGGCCAAACCCAGCAACAUAAAGAGACUCACUGCUUCUUGGCCUUGAGUUGCCAGCCAAAAUGCAGGGCUGGGGGCCGUUCCCAUCAGGAGGAGCAAUGGGAGAGGGGAAUCCGGCAGCUCUUUCACACUCCGUUUAUGGACCAAGCCCCAUCUUCCCGAACACAGGAGGAAUCAAACAACAGGAGGGGGUUUCUUCACUCAGAUUUC